AGAGAUGCCAAAGGCCAGUAUCUCUUCGACCUUCUUUGCCACCAUUUAAACCUCCUGGAGAAAGACUACUUUGGGAUCCGCUUUGUCGACCCGGACAAGCAGAGGCACUGGUUGGAGUUCACAAAGUCUGUGGUGAAGCAGCUGCGAUCGCAGCCUCCGUUCACCAUGUGCUUCCGGGUGAAGUUCUACCCCACAGAUCCUGCUGCUCUGAAGGAGGAAAUCACCAGGUAUCUUGUCUUCUUGCAGAUCAAAAGGGACCUCUAUCAUGGCCGCCUUCUGUGCAAGACCUCCGAUGCGGCCCUGUUAGCGGGCCAUAUCCUCCAAGCGGAGGUUGGUGACUAUGACCCUGGGAAGCACCCGGAAGGCUACAGCUCCAAGUUCCAGUUUUUCCCCAAACAUUCGGAAAAGCUGGAAAAGAAAAUUGCAGAGAUCCACAAAACAGAACUCAGUGGUCAGACCCCGGCUGUCUCAGAGUUAAACUUCUUAAGGAAAGCCCAGACCUUGGAGACGUAUGGAGUUGACCCGCACCCGUGCAAGGACGUGUCGGGAAAUCCUGCCUUUCUGGCGUUCACUCCGUUUGGAUUCGUGGUCCUGCAAGGGAACAAGCGAGUGCACUUCAUCAAGUGGAAUGAAGUGGCAAAAAUGAAAUUUGAAGGGAAGACGUUCUAUUUAUACGUAAGUCAGAAAGAGGAAAAGAAAAUUGUCCUGACAUAUUUUGCUCCAACUCCUGAAGCCUGCAAGCACCUCUGGAAAUGUGGGAUUGAAAAUCAAGCCUUUUAUAAAUUGGAGAAGUCGAGCCAAGUCCGCACUGUGUCAAGCAGCAACCUCUUUUUCAAAGGGAGCCGGUUUCGAUACAGUGGCCGCGUGGCGAAAGAAGUGAUGGAGUCCAGUGCCAAGAUUAAAAGGGAGCCUCCAGAAAUCCACAGGGCCGGACUGGUUCCUAGCCGCAGCUGCCCGUCCAUCACUCACGGCCCCCGGCUCAGCAGCGUUCCCAGGACGCGAAGGAGAGCUGUGCACAUCUCCAUCAUGGAAGGUGAGUGUUCCGCCUGCAUCUUCACAGAGCUCUUUUCUGCCCAGGACCCGAGGGGGAGGGAGAACCACACACGCAACCCGGACCCCCUUGCAGCAGCGUGGGCAGGAAAGAGGCAGAAUCUGGCCGAACCCCCUCCUUCCCUCCCCCAAGACUUGGCAUCUGAAGCAUCCAGACGGCAGACAAACAGGCAGCCCGAUGGGCCCCCCCUCGGUCUGUCCUCUGCUCCAGCAAACCAGAGAAAAGAGGGACUGCGAGAGAGCGGACAAGGGAGGGGGGAAGGAGGGCUGGGAGAGGACCACGUUGAGUGGAGGCUCCACAGCAAGCACUUCUGCUGUGCGACUGAAGCAGAGAAAAGCUCCAUGCAGAAGCAGCUACACAAGGCACUGCCAGGCACCCUGAAGCCUGCUUUUCAGCAGCAGCAGCACCACAAGCAGAACAGAGAGGCUUCCAGGGAACAAGACCCAGAGGGUUUCAGUCUACGUUGA